GCUCGCCUCAGCCCCCGGCUUCCCCAAGGAUCGCUGCCAUUUGCUUUGAUUUUAUUUUAAUUUUUAUUUUAAUAUUUUUUUUCACCUCGAAGGGGAGGAGCGCGGAACCCAGCUGGAAAAUGAACCAGAAUGUCUGAGAAAAUGUCCAGCUUUCUGUACAUCGGGGACAUCGUGUCCCUGUACGCGGAGGGCUCCGUCAAUGGGUUCAUCAGCACGCUGGGGUUGGUGGAUGACCGGUGCGUGGUCCAGCCAGAGGCCGGUGACCUUGCCAAUCCUCCAAAGAAGUUCCGAGACUGCCUUUUCAAGGUGUGUCCUAUGAACAGAUAUUCAGCCCAGAAGCAGUACUGGAAAGCCAAGCAAGCCAAACAAGGAAACCAUACUGAAGCAGCACUGCUGAAGAAACUUCAACAUGCAGCAGAACUGGAACAAAAGCAGAAUGAAAGCGAGAACAGAAAGCUGUUGGGUGAAAUUGUAAAAUACAGCAACGUCAUCCAGCUACUGCACAUAAAAAGCAACAAAUACCUCACAGUCAACAAGAGAUUGCCAGCGCUGCUAGAGAAGAAUGCUAUGCGAGUGUCCCUGGAUGCUGCAGGGAAUGAGGGCUCCUGGUUUUAUAUCCAGCCCUUCUGGAAACUGAGGAGUGAAGGUGACAAUGUUGUGGUGGGAGAUAAAGUUGUUCUCAUGCCAGUCAAUGCAGGACAGCCUCUGCAUGCCAGCAACAUUGAGCUUCUAGACAACCCUGGCUGCAAAGAGGUAAAUGCUGUCAACUGUAACACAAGCUGGAAAAUAACUUUGUUCAUGAAAUUCAGUAGUUACCGAGAUGACGUACUGAAAGGAGGAGAUGUUGUGAGGCUGUUUCAUGCAGAGCAAGAGAAGUUUCUGACCUGUGAUGAAUAUGAGAAGAAACAACACAUUUUCCUCCGCACCACGUUACGUCAGUCAGCCACGUCUGCAACAAGUUCUAAAGCACUGUGGGAGAUAGAGGUUGUCCACCAUGACCCUUGCCGGGGAGGGGCAGGACAGUGGAACAGCUUGUUUAGAUUCAAGCAUUUGGCAACUGGAAACUACUUGGCUGCAGAGCUUAACCCACACUACCCUGAAGGUAAUAAUGAAGGAAAAGCUUUGCAGAGAGAAGGCGACCUUCCUGCUUCAAAGAAGAAACGCCAGGCAGGGGAGAAGAUUAUGUAUACUUUGGUCUCUGUGCCACAUGGAAAUGACAUCGCAUCUCUCUUUGAACUGGAUGCCACCACCCUUCAGAGAGCUGAUUGCCUGGUUCCAAGGAACUCCUACGUCCGACUGAGGCACUUGUGCACCAACACUUGGGUCACCAGCACCAGCAUCCCCAUAGACACUGAGGAGGAAAGGCCUGUGAUGUUAAAGAUUGGGACGUGCCAAACCAAAGAAGACAAGGAAGCUUUUGCCAUUGUAUCAGUUCCUCUCUCUGAGGUCAGAGACUUGGACUUUGCCAAUGAUGCCAACAAGGUUCUAGCAUCAACUGUUAAAAAGCUGGAGAACGGAACAAUAACCCAGAAUGAAAGGAGGUUUGUAACCAAGCUACUGGAAGAUCUCAUUUUCUUUGUUGCUGAUGUGCCCAAUAAUGGGCAAGAAGUUUUGGAUGUGAUCAUUACCAAGCCAAACCGGGAACGACAGAAAUUAAUGAGGGAGCAAAAUAUAUUGGCUCAGAUAUUUGGCAUCCUCAAAGCUCCUUUUAAGGACAAAGGUGAAGGAUCAAUGCUGAGACUUGAAGACCUGGGCGACCAGAGAUAUGCUCCCUACAAAUACAUGUUAAGAUUAUGUUACAGAGUUCUGAGACACUCCCAACAGGACUAUAGGAAGAACCAGGAGUAUAUUGCUAAGAACUUCUGCGUCAUGCAGUCCCAGAUUGGUUAUGAUAUCCUGGCAGAAGACACCAUCACAGCUUUGUUGCACAACAACAGAAAACUGCUAGAGAAACACAUCACGGCUAAAGAAAUAGAGACGUUUGUGAAUUUACUCAGGAGAAAUCGAGAGCCAAGAUUCUUGGAUUAUCUGUCAGACCUGUGUGUAUCUAACACCACAGCAAUACCAGUAACUCAGGAACUCAUCUGCAAGUUUAUGCUGAGCCCAGGGAAUGCUGACAUUCUCAUUCAAACCAAGCUGGUUUCAACCCAAAUGGACAAUCCCCUGGAAUGCCCAGUCAUCUCAGAUGACAUUGAUGAAGAGGAGGUGUGGCUUUACUGGAUCGACAGCAACAAGGAGCCUCACGGCAAAGCCAUCAGGCAUCUGGCUCAGGAGGCAAAGGAGGGCACAAAAGCUGAUUUAGAAGUUCUUACCUACUACAGGUACCAACUGAACCUCUUUGCAAGAAUGUGCCUGGACCGCCAGUAUCUCGCCAUCAACCAGAUUUCUGCCCAGCUGUCAGUGGACUUGAUCCUCAGGUGUAUGUCUGAUGAGAGCCUCCCCUAUGACCUGCGGGCUUCCUUUUGCCGCCUGAUGCUGCACAUGCAUGUGGACAGAGAUCCCCAGGAGUCUGUGGUGCCUGUCAAGUACGCCAGAUUGUGGACUGAAAUUCCUACCAAGAUCACCAUUCAUGAGUAUGAUUCCUUCACUGACUCUUCAAGGAAUGAAAUGAAGACAAAGUUUGCACUAACAAUGGAAUUUGUAGAAGAGUACUUGAAAGAAGUUGUGAAUCAGCCCUUUCCCUUUGGAGACAAAGAGAAAAACAAACUUACAUUUGAGGUGGUACAUCUGGCCCGAAACCUCAUAUACUUUGGCUUUUAUAGUUUUAGUGAGCUUCUCAGGCUGACCCGGACGCUGCUGGCAAUUCUGGAUAUUGUUCAAGUUCCCAUCUCAUCAUACUUCGAAAGGCUGAGCAAGUUUCAGGAUGGAGGGAACAACGUCAUGAGGACCAUCCAUGGGGUAGGAGAGAUGAUGACCCAAAUGGUGCUGAGCAGAGGGUCUGUGUUUCCCAUCAGUACCCCUGACAUACAGCCAAGCAUUCACCCAAGCAAGCAAGCCAGCACUGCAGACAGUGAAGAUGUGAUUGUAAUGGACACCAAAUUGAAAAUCAUUGAGAUUUUGCAGUUUAUUCUCAGUGUUAGACUGGACUACAGAAUAUCCUACAUGCUAUCUAUCUACAAGAGAGAGUUUGGGGAAAACACUGAAACUGUUGACUGCUCUACCUCAUCCCCACCUGACACACCAGGGAGUGCCUCAGCAAUUGUUCCUGACAUAGAUGAAAUUGCAGCUCAGGCUGAAACCAUGUUUGCUGGCAGAAAGGAGAAGAAUGCAGUUCAGCUUGAUGAUGAGGGGGGCAGAACUUUUUUACGGGUCCUCAUUCACCUGAUCAUGCACGACUACCCCCCAUUGCUCUCGGGGGCUCUGCACCUGCUCUUCAAGCACUUCAGCCAGAGAGCAGAAGUUCUGCAGGCAUUCAAACAGGUUCAGUUGCUGGUGUCCAAUCAAGAUGUGGAUAACUACAAGCAAAUCAAGGCUGAUCUUGACCAGCUCCGUCUGACUGUAGAAAAAUCUGAAUUGUGGGUUGAGAAGAGCAGCAAUUAUGAGAGUGGAGAGGUGGGCGACAGUCAAACCAAGGGGGGAGAAGAGCCAAUGGAGGAAUCAAACAUUUUGAGCCCGAUACAGGAUGGGACCAAAAAACCCCAGAUAGACAGCAUUAAAAGCAAUAACUACAAUAUUGUUAAAGAGAUUUUGAUUCGACUCAGCAAACUUUGUGUUCAGAAUAAAAAAUGCCGGAAUCAACAGCAGCGUUUACUGAAAAAUAUGGGCGCCCACUUGGUGGUCUUGGACCUUCUGCAGAUCCCCUAUGAAAAGAGUGAUGAAAAGAUGAAUGAAGUUAUGAAUCUAGCCCACACUUUCCUUCAGAAUUUCUGCCGAGGAAAUCCUCAGAAUCAAGUUCUCCUCCACAAAAAUCUCAACUUGUUCUUAACUCCAGGGCUCCUGGAAGCUGAGACCAUGAGGCACAUCUUCAUGAAUAAUUACCUCCUGUGCAACGAGAUCAGCGAGAGGGUGGUGCAGCACUUUGUGCACUGCAUCGAGACCCACGGCCGGCACGUGGAGUACCUGCGAUUCCUGCAGACCAUCGUGAAAGCAGAUGGCAAAUACGUGAAGAAGUGCCAGGACAUGGUAAUGACAGAGCUGAUAAACGGUGGUGAAGAUGUGCUGAUAUUCUACAACGACAGAGCAUCCUUCCCAGUGCUGCUGCAGAUGAUGUGUUCGGAGCGGGACCGAGCCGACGAGAGCGGCCCCUUGGCCUAUCACAUCACUCUGGUGGAGCUGCUGGCCGCCUGCACCGAGGGCAAGAACGUGUACACAGAGAUCAAGUGCAAUUCACUGCUGCCCCUGGAUGAUAUUGUCAGGGUAGUGACCCAUGAUGACUGCAUUCCUGAGGUGAAAAUUGCCUAUGUUAAUUUUGUUAACCACUGUUACGUGGACACUGAAGUGGAAAUGAAAGAAAUCUAUGCCAGUAACCAUAUCUGGAAACUUUUUGAGAACUUCCUUGUUGAUAUGGCAAGGGUUUGUAACACAACCACGGAUCGUAAACAUGCAGACACGUCUCUGGAGAAAUAUGUCACUGAGCCUGUCAUGAGCAUUGUGAGUGGCUUCUUCAAUUCACCAUUUUCAGACAACAGCACCAGCCUCCAGACACACCAGCCUGUUUUUAUUCAGCUGCUGCAGUCUGCUUUCAGAAUUUACAACUGUACCUGGCCAAACCCAACACAGAAAGCCUCAGUGGAGUCCUGUAUCAAGACUUUGGCUGAAGUGGCAAAGAACCGUGGGAUUGCGAUUCCAGUGGAUUUGGACAGUCAGGUGAACACCUUGUUCAUGAAGAGUCACUCCAACAUGGUGCAGAGGGCAGCCAUGGGCUGGAGGAUGUCGGCCCGCACUGGACCUCGCUUCAAGGAAGCUCUUGGUGGGCCUGCCUGGGAUUACAGGAACAUCAUAGAGAAACUGCAGGACGUGGUGUCCUCCUUGGAGCAGCAGUUCACACCCAUGAUGCAAGCUGAGUUCUCAGUGCUGGUUGAUGUGCUGCACAGCCCAGAGCUCCUGUUCCCUGAGGGCAGCGAUGCCAGAAUAAGAUGUGGCGCCUUCAUGUCCAAGUUGAUUAAUCACACAAAGAAGCUAAUGGAGAAAGAAGAAAAGCUCUGCAUUAAAAUCCUCCAAACUUUACGAGAAAUGCUUGACAAGAAAACCAACUUUGCAGAAGAGGGCAACACUUUAAGGAAAAUCCUCCUGUAUCGGUACUUUAAAGGGGAAUAUGGAAGUGGUAUGAAUGGGCCCCUGUCUGCCAGCUACAGCAAAACUGCACAAGUGGGAGGUGGAUUUUCAGGACAAGAUGCAGAUAAGUCUGGGGUGACUAUGUUUGAUAUCCAGUGCCUCCUGGACAAAGAAGGUGCCUCAGAGCUGGUCAUAGAUGUGAUAGUGAACACCAGAAAUGACAGGAUUUUCUCCGAGGGCAUUCUGCUGGGUAUUGCGCUGCUUGAAGGUGGAAAUACGCAAACACAGUAUUCGACUUACCAGCAACUAAAGGAGCAGAAGAAGUCAGAAAGGUUCUUUAAAGUGCUGUAUGAUCGCAUGAAAGCUGCUCAGCAGGAGAUCAGAUCCACAGUGACAGUGAACACUAUUGAUUUGGGGAGCAAAAAGAAGGAGGAUGACAGUGACCUCACCAUAUCUGUUCCCAAAAAGAGAGUUAAGGAUUCAACUCUGCAUCUGAAGGAGGGAAUGAAAGGACAGUUAACAGAAGCAUCCUCUGCAACCUCCAAGGCUUACUCUGUGUACAGAAGAGAAAUGGACCCAGAAAUAGACCUGAUGGGCUCAGCGGCAGAUGCUGCAAAUGCAGAAGAGAAGUCUGCAGAAGAAGCAAUCAUGAGCCCUGCCAUUGCAAUCAUGCAGCCAAUACUGAGAUUUCUUCAGCUGCUGUGUGAGAACCACAACCGAGAGCUCCAGAAUUUCUUAAGACAUCAAAACAAUAAAACAAAUUACAACCUCGUUUGUGAGACCCUUCAGUUCUUGGACUGCAUCUGUGGGAGCACCACAGGUGGGCUGGGCUUGCUGGGGCUUUACAUCAACGAGAGGAACGUGGCUCUUGUCAACCAGACCCUGGAAAGCUUGACAGAAUACUGCCAGGGGCCAUGCCAUGAAAACCAGACAUGCAUAGCCACCCAUGAGUCUAAUGGGAUUGAUAUUAUAAUUGCUCUCAUCUUGAACGACAUAAACCCUCUUGGCAAAUACUGCAUGGACUUGGUGCUUCAACUCAAGAACAAUGCCUCCAAGCUUUUGCUGGCUAUUAUGGAAAGCAGGCAAGACAGUGAGAAUGCGGAAAGAAUCCUUUUCAACAUGAGACCAAGAGAACUGGUGGAUGUGAUGAAGAAUGCCUACAACCAAGGCCUGGAAUGUGACCACGAGGAGGAGAAUGGAGAUGAUGGCAUCUCCCCAAAAGAUGUUGGCCAUAAUAUCUAUAUUUUGGCACAUCAGUUGGCUUGUCACAAUAAAACAUUGCAACAGAUGCUGAAGCCAGGGUCAGAUCCAGAUGAAGGAGAUGAAGCCUUGAGGUUUUAUGCCAAACAUACGGCACAGAUAGAGAUUGUUCGCCACGAUAGAACAAUGGAAAAGAUUGUCUUUCCUGUCCCCAAUAUUUGUGAGUUCCUCACUCGGGAAUCCAAAAGUCGGGUGUUCAAUACAACAGAGAGAGAUGAACAAGGGAGCAAAGUCAAUGACUUUUUCCAGCAGACUGAGGAUCUGUACAACGAGAUGAAAUGGCAAAAGAAAAUUAGAAAUAAUCCAGCCCUGUUUUGGUUCUCCAGACACAUCUCUCUCUGGGGAAGCAUUUCCUUCAACCUUGCUGUAUUCAUCAAUUUAGCAGUUGCUCUCUUCUACCCUUUUGGAGAUGAUGGAGAUGAAGGCACGCUCUCACCGUUGUUUUCCGUGCUCCUCUGGAUAGCAGUGGCGUUUUGCACAGCAAUGCUGUUUUUCAUCUCCAAGCCUGUUGGCAUUCGACCCUUUUUGGUGUCUGUUAUUCUCAGGUCUAUAUAUACUAUAGGGCUCGGUCCUACCUUGAUACUCCUUGGUGCUGCUAAUCUCUGUAACAAAAUCGUGUUCCUGGUGAGCUUUGUGGGGAACCGUGGGACCUUCACCCGCGGCUACAGAGCGGUCAUCAUGGACAUGGCUUUUCUCUACCACGUGGCUUAUGUCCUGGUCUGCAUGCUGGGCCUCUGUGUGCACGAGUUCUUCUACAGCUUCCUGCUGUUUGAUCUGGUGUACAGGGAGGAGACAUUGCUAAAUGUGAUAAAAAGUGUUACCAGGAAUGGCCGUUCAAUUAUCCUCACUGCAGUGCUUGCUCUCAUCCUGGUUUAUCUCUUCUCCAUCAUUGGCUUCCUCUUCCUGAAGGAUGACUUUAUCAUGGAGGUUGACAGGUUGAAAAUCAGGACCCCUGCUGCAGGUAUUGGUGAAGUUCCCACUACAACCCUGACAUCAAUGAUGGGAGCCUGUGCAAAGGAGAACUGUUCCACGAGCAUCCCAGCUCUUAACCCAGGUGAAGAAGAGGAGGAUGGAAUAGAAAGGACCUGUGACACCCUGCUGAUGUGCAUUGUGACUGUGUUGAACCAAGGCCUGCGCAAUGGUGGUGGUGUGGGAGACGUGCUCAGAAAGCCUUCCAAAGAUGAGCCCUUGUUUGCUGCACGAGUUGUUUAUGAUCUUCUGUUUUACUUUAUUGUCAUCAUUAUUGUUCUCAACCUGAUCUUUGGAGUCAUCAUUGAUACAUUUGCUGAUCUCAGGAGUGAAAAGCAGAAAAAGGAGGAAAUACUAAAGACCACCUGUUUUAUCUGUGGACUGGAGAGAGACAAAUUUGAUAACAAGACCGUUUCGUUUGAGGAGCAUAUAAAGGCAGAACACAACAUGUGGCAUUAUUUGUACUUUAUAGUUCUUGUCAAAGUUAAAGAUCCAACUGAAUACACUGGCCCAGAGAGCUACGUGGCACAGAUGAUUGUGGAGAAGAAUUUGGACUGGUUCCCUCGAAUGAGAGCCAUGUCUCUGGUUAGCAAUGAAGGCGACAGUGAGCAAAAUGAAAUCAGGAACCUGCAGGAGAGGCUGGAGUCAACCAUGAGCCUUGUGAAACAGCUUUCCAGCCAGCUGGCUGAGCUCAAGGAGCAGAUGACAGAACAAAGGAAGAAUAAGCAGAGGCUGGGCUUCCUUGGAUCAAACACACCCCAUGUGAAUCAUCACAUGCCACCACCCUGAUACCACGGGGAGAAGCCGUGACUAGCCUUUCAUCAGUAUUCCUGCUUUAUUAUAGAAUAAAAAACUGAGAUUGAGA